CUGUUUUUCCCCAUAGUUUAUGACUCCUUUAGUAAACUUCAACAAAAAAUAGAAUUUUUCAAAGCGGCCCAAUUUGAGUGUUUUCGUUGGAUUUCUGAUCAAUAUUUAAAAGUGUUUUUUAACUAGAUAUCAUCAAGUUGCUCUUCUUCGGCUGUUGUUUGAAAAGGGCAAAAUCUUGCUGAAAGUACGAUUCUGAGGUUCUUUCUUGUUGAAACUAUCCCCAAUACCUAAUUAAUAUAAUUUACGUUCGUUGUUUUCUUAUUUUUUAAUAUUUUACGCCAUCGUUUUCUUCAUAAUAAUGCCUAAUGCUGACUUGGAUUGGCAAUUGCAAGAGCUCGAAAAUGGAAGAGUGAUUCCUGAAGCCAACGUUAUCGAGUUGUGUCAGCGUGUUCGUGACAUCUUAAUUGAGGAAUCAAAUCUACAGCAUAUUUCUUCGCCAGUUACUAUUUGCGGUGAUAUUCAUGGUCAGCUUCACGAUAUGCUCGAACUGUUUCGCAUUGGUGGCUCUUGCCCGGAAACAAAAUAUGUAUUUCUGGGCGACUUUGUUGACCGUGGCUUCUAUUCAGUAGAAACUUUCCUUCUUUUAUUAACUUUAAAGUGGAAGCAUCCAGAUUCUAUCACAUUAAUUCGCGGAAAUCACGAAUCCCGCCAAAUCACUCAAGUAUAUGGAUUUUACGAUGAGUGUGUUCGCAAAUAUGGGUCUGCUAAUGUUUGGCGUUAUUGCUGUGAAGUGUUUGACUAUCUUUCUCUGGGUGCUGUUAUAGACGAUAAAGUCCUAUGUGUGCAUGGUGGACUUUCUCCAAGUAUCACAAGUUUGGAUCAGAUUCGACUCAUUGAUCGAAAACAAGAGGUCCCCCAUGAGGGCGCCAUGUGCGAUUUACUUUGGUCAGAUCCUGAAGAAAUCAGUGGAUGGGGCUUGUCGCCGCGAGGAGCAGGAUUCCUUUUUGGUUCUGAUGUUGCAGAGGCUUUUAACCAUGGCAAUAAGUUGUCCUUUGUCGCUCGUGCUCACCAAUUGGUUAUGGAAGGCUAUAAAAUUCAUUUUUCCGAAAAGGAGAAAGAAACCACAAGGAAAUUCAAUGAACAGGACUUUAGUUCUGAUUCAGAUCCACAAUCGCCAUAUGAUGAUACCCCCGCUCCUGGUGAUACAAUUUCAAUAGCGCCAAAAGACAUGGGAAGUGUAGUAACUGUUUGGAGCGCACCAAAUUACUGCUAUCGUUGUGGAAAUGUUGCUUCGAUUUUGCAGCUUGGUGAAAACCAAUCUCAAACUUACAAGAUUUUCGGUGCAGCUUCACAGGAACGAAGCGGAAUUCCUACUAAGCAACCUAUUGCUGAUUAUUUCUUAUGAGUAACAAUAUCGGAAUGUUUAUUUAUGCUUGUGUUAUGAUCUAUGUUGUGUCGUUCUUUUCUAUAGUAUGAACUUAGUGCUCUAACAUCUUCUUUUACUUCCAAAAACUUUCUUUUAGUAUUUUCUUUUUUAUGAUUCUCAGUAUUGCUUCGAAACUUUCUAUCUCUUAUACUCUUGGUCUUCUGCAUGCAUCUUGCCAAUUGCCUUCUCCAACAUGUACCUACCCUUUCCUCCCUUUCGUUUUGUAUUUAUCACUAUCUAC